UCCUUACUAUCUCCACUUUUGCGAAGCUACAGCUGAAAUCUAGGGUCUCGAUAAGAACUCAGAAGAAAAUGGAGCAGACCUUUAUCAUGAUCAAGCCCGAUGGCGUUCAAAGGGGCCUGGUUGGUGAUAUCAUCAGCAGAUUUGAGAAGAAAGGUUUUUCCUUGAAAGGCUUGAAGCUCAUGGGCGUGGAGCGAGCUUUUGCUGAGAAGCACUACGAGGACCUGUCUGCCAAGCCAUUCUUCAAUGGACUGGUUGAGUACAUCAUUUCUGGUCCUGUGAUCGCCAUGGUGUGGGAGGGGAAGAACGUCGUCGUUACGGGCAGGAAGAUCAUUGGUGCUACCAACCCCUCGGAUUCCGCCCCUGGCACUAUCCGUGGUGAUUAUGCCAUUGAGAUUGGCAGGAAUGUCAUCCAUGGAAGCGAUUCAGUUGAGAGCGCAAAGAAAGAGAUCGCAUUAUGGUUCCCUGAUGGCACCGUUGGUUGGCAGAGCAGCCUCCACCCUUGGAUCUACGAGUAAAUUGUACUCUAGGUUGGGCUCGUGGUAGUCUGGUAGAUGUAAGAGCUUUCUUAUCCAGGUUUCUGCCAUAGAUUUUGUUUCUCAUGAUUAAUGGAACUCUAAGUUUUGACUCUGUUUGCAUUAGGGAAAGAUAAAGACUCAAUAUUAUUGUUAUGAUGGUAUGAUAUUCGGAUGUGCAUUUGUCUA